AUGCCGAUGACCGUGUCUCUACUUCUGAGGCUGCCAAACAAUCUGCAUCACCGGAUGCUUGGACAAGUUGAUUUUAUUAAUGGGGGGCCCUCCAUGCCAGGAUAUAACUCUGGUGUCAAUAACACUGGAGAUUUGGAGACGCGUCAUGGAGACAUGGGCCUAAUUGCAUGGGACGUGCUCCUUCCAUCUGGGGCAAUCAUCCCUAGAUACUUCAAGCAUCAUGAUCCUCAAUGGUUUUAUCUUCAUAUCUCGAUCCAGAUUGUGGGUUUUCUUCCGGGUCUUGCUACUGUCGUCGCAGGAAGGACACUCUACAAUGGACUGGAGUCUUAUCGCAUUCCCAAAUUCAAGAUUCACAGACCCCUCGGAUCCUUGGUGUUUUUCCUUGGCAUUCUUCAGGUAAUGGCAUUGAUUCUAAGGCCGGACAAGACAUCCAAACAGCGCAAGUACUGGAACUAG